AUGGAUCGCGAAAUGAAACGAUGGGCAAAGUUCUCCUACUCUGUUCUGGCCGUCUCUCAGCCCAAGGUCGCUCGUAAACGGGACGUUCUACGGCCGAAUACAUGCUCGCCGCAAAACCCAUCGACAACGUUGCCGCCCCAGUUGCUGGAUCACUGCUUAUACGCUGCAGCAAUGGCUCCUCCGGCUCCCGUCUUCGCUGCUCCACCCCCUCCUCCGGCUCCCGUGAUGGCCGCUCCUCGUGCUCCAGUCUACGCUGCUGCACCAAUGAUGGCCGCUCCAGUGGCCAGGCCAAUGUACGCGCCUCCUCCAGUCAUGGCAGCUCCAGUGGCGAGACCGAUGCUCGCUGCUCCAGCCUAUGCACCAGCUCCAGCUCCGGCGGUAUUCGCUGCUCCCGCAAUGGCUCCAGCUCCAGUCAUGGCCGCACCGGCACCAGUGUUCGCAGCUGCACCGGUCGCUUACAUGCCUUCUUACGCGCCAUUCCUUCGCACACCGUACUUCAUCGGAAGUAACAAGUCAAAGAACUAA